AUGGAUAAGGGUGAAGCAACAAAGCAAGCCGAAAACAUAGUCUUAGUUGGUCGUACAGGGAAUGGGAAAAGCGCCACGGGGAACAGCAUCAUUGGACAAAAACUUUCUGAGUCAGAAGCACAUGCAACUGGUAUUAAUACCACAAAAUGUCAGAAGCAUGGAGCUGUCGCCAGAGAUAAUCACACAAUCAACGUGAUUGAUACUCCAGGUCUGUCUGACUUGAGUGUAUCCGCUGAAUUUAUAAGUAGAGAAAUUGUUAGAUGCCUAACUCUAGCGGAAGGAGGGAUACACGCUGUGGUCUUAGUUCUAUCUGCAAGGACUCAGAUUACGCAAGAGGAAGAGAGCACACUUGGAAUCUUACAUGCUCUCUUUGGGAGUGAGAUCGCUGCUUAUGUUAUUGUCGUUUUCACCGGCGGUGAUGUGCUGGAAGAGGAGGGUGUGACACUAGACGAGUUCUUGGGUAGAGAAGAUUGUCCUCCCUUUGUAAAGGAAGUUUUGAAGUUGUCUGGUAACCGAAUGGUUCUGUUCGACAACAAAACUCAUGAUGAAGGCAAGAAGGCUGAGCAAAUCAAUAAGCUUCUCUCUCUAGUAGAUGAAAUCAAAAGGAACAACCAUGGACAGUCAUAUACCGAUGACAUGUACAAUGAGAUCAAGGAACAUAGCGAAAAACUACACAAGGAGAUUGAGGAGCUUAAAGCAAAGAACCAUCCAGCUGAUUUGGAAUCAGAGUUGAAAGAGAAGUUGCAUGCAUCGUUUGAAGAGAGUAUGAGCCUUAUGUCUAACGCGGUGGAGAAGAAGCUGAAAGCUGCUGUGCAGGCGCAGGAGCAAGAGACAGGCCGUAAAAACGCUCAAUUGAGUUCGGGAAAAGAAAAAGGUGUUGUGGAAUCGCUUAACGUAGUAGAGAAGCUGAUUCCUAUUAUAACCAAACAUAUCACUUUCGACAAAGCAAUGGAAGUGGCUGGCAAACUUUCUCCUGGUGUUACUGUUUGCAGCAUCCAAUGA